CAGCAACACGAGAAGAAGUCAAGUUUCCGGGAGGUGCUUCGGGCCGAUCCCUAAUGGGUUAGAAACCUCUCGGAACAGUGUUGUGUUGUUGUUCAGUGUUUCCGUCUCUCACCGCGAGGACCGUCCGUCUCUGCGGUUCUUCUCUCCCCGUCAACCGGACAUCUGCUGACUCAGCAGGAAAGAUGGUUCUGUCAAUAUCCCAACAAGUCGCUCUGGCGUUCACAGCUGUGCUCUUCAUGUUUGUGGUCCUGCCCAGACUGCUCGGUGUCGGUAUGGCGACCAAAGAAACAAAACUGGACCCGCGUUUCAACAGAAAAGGUCCAGGACCUGGAUCUGCUAAAGCUCAUCCAAUCAAUAUGAACCAUCCCGGCUCCCACCAGAGUCCUGAGAGCAUCCAGCAGAUGAAGAAACGAAUGGAGCAAGAGCUAAAGAGUGACAAGUACAAAUACAACAAUAAGGGCUACGUCUUCACUCUGAUGCCUCUGUAUGCCAUCGGAGUGGGAGUAUUUGCUGCUUACAAGUUCCUAAAGAUCCGAUCUUCAGAUGAUAAAGCACAGAAGGAUAAAUUCACAAAAGGCGCUAAAAAGUCAGUGGAGGCAGAGAACCAGCUAAACGAGUUGGAACAAAGGCUGGCUCAGACCGAGCGCAUGCUCAACUCCAUCCUUACACAGCUGGACCCACUCACUAACUGUGUGAAAUCUGUGGCUCAGGAGCAGAAAAACGAGAUCAUGUCUCAGCUCCAGACCAUCCGAUACCUGAUGAAGAAGAGAGGAAUGGACUGUCCACCGCUGAGUGUCAACGAAGCUUCUUGUGGACAAAAUCUGGAUGAGCUUAUCGAGUCUCUGGGGGCCAGAGACACCUCUGGAGACAUGGACUGUCAGCCCUCUGAGAAGAGAGCUGAGAAAUUUCACGAAAAGCAUUUGAAUGAUCAGGAAGAUGCUACAACGGAAGAUGAAGAGAUUACAAAGAUCAGCCCUAAAAUAGAGGAGGAAGAUGGAGCAGAUGAGGGGUUGGAGGAACAGGAGUCAGAGAUGUUUGAUUCUUCUGAGCAGUUAUGUGAGACAAACAUUCUGGAAGGGGUUGCAGAGCAGCCUGUGACCGGUCUAAGGCGACGCAACAGACUUGAAUGAACUCCACAGGAAUUCUGCACGGCUCUUACUUUUUCCUGACCCAAAAAGAUUAGAAAUAUUAGAAAUAUUCCAUAUAUGAAAGGCUGUCUGCAUAUUUAUUGAAAUUAUUUAUCAUAUACAUUAUGACUUGGACUCAUCUGCCCCACCAGUUCAUGCUUUACUUUAAGGACGGAACCUUGACCAUCCUUCAAAAACACUUAAAAUCUAACAGGGAUCAGAAAAAUGGCAGGAAAAAACCUGAACAGAGGCAGGCUGCUGGUCUCACCAGUCUGUUUCUGGUUUUCUCGAUUAACCCUCCUAAAGGCAAUAAAAUUCUCUUCUUAACUUGCAAAUAUAAAAAAGAACAUUCAUAAGGGUAAUCUGUAAGUGUAAGGGAAAUCUUUUUCUACUUCGAAAUUCAGAUGUUCAUUUUUUUCAAAGAGGCCAAAUUAUAAAAAUUCAGUUUGAAUUGGCUGAGUGUGAGCAAAACCUCUUUAAUUGAACUUAAUUUACUUAAAAAAAAACAGGAUUUGUUUAGGUCUGAAAUCCUUCAGUUGCUAAAUUUAAAUAAUGAGAAAACCUUCAAAACUAAAAGAAAAAAAAAAGCUUUUAGAAGUUUGACAGUGGUGCACAACUUAUACCCUUGUUUUGCUCCUACAUCCAGAUUAAACAAUUAGGUCACUGAUAUACUGUUUCUAUUCCCCCAUCAGGCUAAAGUUACUACCAUGAGCUGACAAGCUGCUCUGUAAUCAUCCUGUCUUUAGAAGUGGGAGGCAGAAAAUGUUUCUAAUUUGGUUUAAAACGUUGACAUUAACAUUGAAUUAAAGAUUUAGCUAAUCCUUUUCAUUCAUUUUACCUUAAAACUAUUUAUAUUAAUUUAUUUUUUGUUUAAUGACUUUUAUUAUUACAUUAAGACUAAUGUAGCUAAUAAAUAAAAUACUGUUUGUAGUUUUAUUGUUUAAAUUAAUUUUAGGCAAAAUAUGUGUAGAUCUUACUGCAAGAAGAUUCUGCUGGACUUUUAAACAUCCCACAGUUCUGAUAAUAACUUAUGGGUAUAGCAGCAAGAAAGGCAAACCAGAAAUAGUUUACCUUUUUUUUUAUUCAGGUGUUUUGAUUUAUCAAGGAGAGAUUUAUACUGAUGCAGUUGGAUGACACCAAACUUUAAAUGUAAAGUGUGCUCGUAGCAUGUAUUCUGAACACUACGAUAUGUUUUUUCUGUUUUGUGCACAUAAUUCCUGCAUGAUGCGUAUAAUAUUGCAAUUCUUGGUUCUGUUUAACAUAAUCAACAAAUUUGUCCCAGAUAUGGAUAAUUUGCACAAACUUGUGACGUGUCACUGUUGAAUGGGGGUAGGCAGUGGGGUUACAUUAUUGACGAAAAGUACAAAUGCAUUUUUUGCAGUUGUAAAUUACAUCCGUUAUGAUGCCAGCUAAAUUAAAAAAUGCCACUAAUGGUUUCACUAAAUGAUUGGAUGACAUUGUUUUUCCCCCCAUUGUCACUGUCAGAAAAGAUGAGUAAUGCAGACAAACAUGACUGUUUUCAUUUUUUUUCACAAGUUGCUGUCUUUCAUCACGACAUAGAAGUUUCUCAUCUGCCAUCUCGUUUCCUGAGUGUUUUUGUGCCUUGUUUUUUUGAAUGUUGCAUGUCUUAGAAAAUUAAUCAAUUUGUCAUAGAAAAUAAAAUCAAAAAACUG